AAAGGCUCAGGCAGCUCUACUGUUCACUUCAGUUCUCAGUUGAAAUAUGAACUCUGUCCUGUCUGUCUACCUGCUGGCGAGUCUGUCACUUUACUGCCUACUGCUUACAGUGGGUAAAGGUGAGGGGCAGUUUGUUCCAGGGAGGUGUGAGUGUUAUGACACAAAGAUAACUGUCAGCGGACCACUGUCUGACCUCAAAGUCACACUCAAAGGCCUCACCUGCAACACUGACCAAAUCAUAGUGGUAAUGAAGAGGACCAGUGAGCCUGUGUGUGUGAAUCCAAUGGGACAACUGGGAAAACAGCUACUGCGCUGCUGGAAGAAAACCAGCGGAUUGGAUAAGAAGAGGUGUCUGAGAAGGAGGAGAGGGCAGGGGAAACGAGGACAGAAACAGAGGAAACUCAUGGGACAAUCUAAAGAGAGCAAAAGAAGGGCAACACCAAUCCCUGCCUUAGGGUGACCACAGAGCCAGUACCUGUCCAUUCUCCUGACCAGUACUGUAGUGUUCUAGCUAAUUUACACUGUAACCCUAGACCAGACCAAUACACUAGAGGCACUACCGACACCAGAGGCACCGGUACCAGAGGUACUACCAAUUAUAGAGACCAGAUGACAACUACAGACACCAGAAAAACUACAGACACCAGAGGCACUACAGACACCGAACCAGAAUCUGGGUUUACAGGAGAUGUUGAAUAUGGCGAUUGUCCUUUAAGCCUAGGAAGUAGCCAUUCAACUUGCCAUUCACCAGCUUUUCAAGCUUAAUAAUGACAAAAUACGUACUUACCAAAAAAAUGGAGUUUCGCUGAGCAACUAUCACCAUUACUGCCGUUAUGGACUAACUAGACGAUAGGCUAUAAAGGCCUGGGGAAAGAUAUACUGUACAUCAAACAUAUCCUAUAAGGUCUACAUAAUUGACUUGCAUGAAAUAUUAUUGCAUUCUGUGUAGCGCGGGUGAAACAUUGUUAUGAUGUUCAUACAAUGUUGUCAAUCAAUUACCUUUCCUGUUGCUGGAUCAGCCGACCUGUGCGUGGCAGUAAUGAGGGAUUUUAUUGAAGGUGCGGAGAGGUGGAUUUAGUGCAUGCACGCUUGGUCAAAAACAAUACUUAGAUUCAGACAACACAUUUUUGGGGGUUGCAUGUAACUUUCUAUUUAGACUUUUUUUGGAAGUACAUACCGACCGUGAGCCCCGAUUCUUGUUCAUUCAGACACCAGAGAAACUAUGGACAACAGAGGUUCUACAGACACCACAUACAAAUGUGUUGUGCUGAAUGGAUAUCAUUAAUGUAUCAUUAUGUUCGGUUACAGACAUUGUCGUUUCUAACUGUUUAUCGUAAACACUGUUGGUAUCUAUGUUGCUAUUUGUAAUACUUUUAUACUUUUUCAAGGUGUUUUGUAAUAAAUAUUAAACCUGA